ACUUUCAUUUACGCUGGCAGGUAUGCCCUAUUUGUGCUACCAGGGUGGGAAUUAACAUGGUUGGACACAUAACAACACAGCAUGGGAGCAUUUUAAAGAUAUCCUUUUAACUUGUAUAAGUUCAAACCCACUACCUUGUGUAGUUUAUUUCAUUUUUGCUUGGAAGUUUUCUGACCUGACAUCUCCUGUUUAUCCAUAACUAACUAUCAUAUUACCAAGACAAUAGUAUGAGGCUCAUAAUCUGUAUUCCUUGACAAUCAAUUACAGUCACCACAGAUUGAGACUUCACAGAGGUUCAACGCGUUCUUCCUUAAGGAGGGAGCUCCUUGAUGAACAUUUUCAGUCACUUCCUUCUAGGUCAUCAUCUACAACCUCUUCCUCCAAAAUGGCACUUGAUCCAUUGCUUUCAUUUCUUUCCUGUGUAGCUCUGCCUGAUCAGCCUGAGAGUAUACAGCCAACCACUUCAACUAAUGUGAGCUUAGAGGAAACUAGGUCAGAUGAGAAAAUCUUAGAGAAAAAUGUCCACCUGUCUCCUUCAUCAGACAAGGACCUCAUGGCGAUGGCCAGGAGAUGUGAAUUUGUACAGCACCUUUUGCUGUCCACCAUCUUUGACAAUGACCUAUGAACAAAGACAUUUUAGCAACAUCUGUUGUCUGCUUCUGAGUACAAAUUAACAAGUUUGUCAUCAAUGUUAUUUCCGGUGAAUUAUAAGAUGAUACGUCCAUUGAGAAAGUGGAGCAGAUGUAGAAGUUAGGCAUAAUUAGUUUUACAAUCUGUAGUCAGCAUGCCAUCUUAUUCUAAACUCUGAUGCUAAUGCAAGAUUCCAAUUUCAAUUUCAAUCAGCCUACCCUUGAAGUUUGCAAUUUUAUCUUUUUCAUAGUGCUGGUGUAUGCAUUUUUCGGUUGCUGGGAUUGUUAAGGUGGUGGUUGUGCCCAUUGUUGAGCUUAAAUGUUGUGUGUGCCAAUGUCAGAGUGCUAUCAAUGAGGGAAACUUCUUUGCAAUGCAUUAUGUAAUUAUCUUUAUCUAUUGGAAUCAGUUUCUAGCAAAGUAGACAGGCUAAA